AUGUCGAUUAAAAGAUUUCAACUUACAAUCAUCUUCAAAGAUAAGUUUUUGAUAGCGGAAACCCUACGCCGCCAUUCAACAUUUCGACGUCGUCCCUUCGCGCAUCCAUCUUCCCCGACGUCGCUCCCUUCGCCGACGUCGUCCCUUCACCGACGUCAUCCCUUCGCUGACGCCGUCCCUUCGAAAACGCCGUCCCUUCGCAUCAAUCUUCACCGACGGCCCUCGCCUCCGUUGACGCCGCUCCCUUCGACGUUCAACGCCUCCGGCCUCUCCAGCCCCGUCAUCGUUGAUCGCUCCCUACCUCCCGUCCAAAUGGAAAUUAAUGAUAACGAGGUUGAGGGUGUUAUGCUAACUACUCCAACUGUGGGAAGUGAAGUUCAUGCCGCGACUGAAUCGCAUUCGCAAAAUGAGAGUGUUCCAAUCGAGGCAAAUGAAGCAACUCUAAAUAACACUUUAGAUGUUGAAAUUUCGGGUACAAAUGGUGAAAAAAAAAGAAAAAUUAGAUCUAUUGCAUGGGAUCAUUUCGAGAAAAAAUUAAUUGAAGGAAAAUGGAAAGCGGUCUGCAAUGAUUGUAAGAAGAGCUUAGGUGGUGAAACUAAGAAUGGUACCAAGCAUUUACUUAACCACAUGAAAACAUGCUUGCACAAAAAACAGAAGACCAUACAACAAUCUCUAUUGCAGCCAACAAAAUCCAAUGAUGGGACAACACAGCUUGGGACAUACCAUUUCAACCAAGAUCAAGCAAGGGCAGAGCUUGCAAAUAUAAUUAUAUUGCAUGAGUACCCGUUAUCUAUGGUUGAUCAUGUUGGCUUUAGAAGAUAG